CUGUUUCGCAAACGUGUCGUAAAAGGGAAAACGUAAGGAGUUCGAGACUGCUGGCUCUAGCACAGUGCUUUUUAGGGUGGUGCGCAAACUGUGUUUGGUGCUGUGUGCAAAGAAGGGUUUUGCUUGCCGUCUUUUGACGAAUCUUUUCUGGAGUCCCGCGUUUCCAUAUCAUCGUUCUGGUGCACUUUGUCCGUCCUAUCUGCUACUGACUGAUACUCCGUCGAAGUGAGAGAAUGAUGAUACGAGUCGCCCGGAAGAGUGUUUGAAGAAACGUGGAAGUGUGUGCUUGCGCCAGUGCGUUGCCGUUCACUACCACGUUGGGUUUGUUGGCAUCCAACAAAGGCGCGUUGUCUCACUUGGAUGCUGGACAUCUCUACGUGCCAGAUGGGCUUUGUUCAGUGUCAGAACAUUCUAGAUAAAAUUCAUUGUGGCUCUGCACGCUGUCAGACCUGUCUUAUAUUUUGAUAAUAGCAUAUAAUGCGAGUCUAUGCAGUGUAGUUUCGGCACCAGGCCUGUGAAACUGUAGAUUUCUCCCACUUUGUCUCUUAAAUAUGAUUGCCUCUUCUCUAUUUAUGUUUGCUUACACGUAUGCCUUGGCCUUCUAACUUUUACUGCAGAGUAAUAUAAGUAAAUCUUUAUAAUCCUAGAGGUGAGCACUUUAUUUUACAGAAAAUAAUCAUUACAUAUUUUACUGACGUGAAUGACUGACUUAGCAUGGCUUGUUUUAUGUAAAUUUGAGUCGUCAACGACGCGUUGACAACGGCCGGACCGUGUCUAGUCUAACACAAGCCACUGCAAAGAAGCAACCUACGGUACGCAGUGCCUUUGCAUCUGUUUUGAAGUCAGAUUUAGGGUGAAGCCCCAACGUUGGCUAGUCAUGCUCUCCGUGCUUUACCUUGACCUUUCAAGCUAAUGCAAUGGAAGGAUAAAUGUAGAAGAAACUUAGGUUGACUUAGGUGAAAGCAGAGCCACACUGAAUUACUUCAAACUAGUCAUUCAUGCAGCACUAGAGGGACACACUGUGCCCUUCUCGAGGGCUGUGAGCAACUGGAAGCUGCUGUGAACUAAAAAAUACUACCGUGAAGUCACAAAGAGGCCAUCAUGCCUUGCUGCAAUACAGGACGCAAAUGUCGGCUCAUGCUCAUGUUUGGCAUGACGACCGCCUUCUUCCUGGUUGAAAUCAUCGUGGGAUAUGUCACCAACUCGAUGGCACUUGUUGCAGACUCAUUUCACAUGUUGUCAGAUGUCAUAUCUUUGGUGAUAGCAUUUUUGUCUAUCAAGAUGUCGCCUAAAAAGUGGUCAAAAAACACCUUCGGCUGGGCCCGCGCAGAGGUGUUGGGAGCCCUGGUGAAUGCAGUAUUCCUCGUGGCACUCUGUUUCUCCAUCCUUGUGGAAUCCCUCAAGAGGUUCUACAAGCCCGAAGUGAUUGAUGAGCCUGAGCUCAUCCUCUACGUUGGCAUUUCUGGUCUUAUCGUCAACCUCAUUGGCCUCUUCCUUUUUAGGGAACACGGACAUAGCCAUACUCGUGGCCACCACCACAGUCUCCCUACCGUGGAAGAGGUUGUGCUGGAAGUUAUGGAGGAUGACAUCAACGACAAUCACAACCGCUUUCAUCUGGGAAAUUCUGUGAACACGCCCAAGGCAGCCAGCAAGAAGCGAGAUGCCGCUGGCCACCUCAACAUCCGUGGAGUCUACCUGCACAUCCUGGCUGAUGCCUUGGGUUCCAUAGUGGUCAUAAUCAGCUCACUCAUCAUUUGGCUCACAACCUGGGAGCACAGGUACUACGUGGACCCAGCACUCAGCUUGGUCAUGGUGUGCCUCAUCAUGAAGUCUACAUCUCCCCUGUUGGUGGAUUCCGCACUCAUCCUUCUGCAGACCGUGCCAACUCACAUCCAGAUCGAUUCUUUGCAGAAAAAGCUGUUGCAAGAGAUCGAUGGUGUGCUAGCAGUGCACGAGUUUCACGUAUGGCAGCUAGCAGGAGAGCGCAUCAUCGCGUCUGCUCAUAUUCGCUGCAAGAACCUUGCUGAUUACAUGCAGAUUGCAGAGAGGGUCAAAGAGUUCUUCCACAACGAGGGCAUCCACUCGACCACCAUACAGCCAGAAUUCGUCGAAGUUGAAGGCCAGAGGGAUGAAAAAGACUGUGUCCUCGACUGUCCAAGUCGCACCAACUGUGUCGCGCAGACGUGCUGCGGUCCACACAAGGAGAGCAACGGCCAGGACUCUCCCAGGCUUAAUGCCAAUGGGGAUGGAGAUGCAGCCAACGCUGUUCUCAGACAACGUGUCCCCACCAUCAGCAACAUGUACGUUGCCACGACGACGCAACAGCCCAUGAGUGACAUACCGGGCAUUGAGGCUGAGUCAAGGCACUGUGACAUGGCCAAGAGGACAGAUGUAUUAGCCGAGAAAGUGUGAGGCCUGGUGUGCCUGUGAUACUGAUUCUCAUCUAUACUGUAAUCAACUAUAUCUCAUCUAAAGCUCAAACCACAUGCCACUUUGAUGAAGCAUUCUCAAAUUGCAAAGAGGACUUGCAGAGUCUGUACAGGAGGUUGUGGUACGGCAGUGCAACAAAAUGGCAUCAGCAUCUUCCGAACAUUGUUGAAAAUGGAUGCAAUCACCAAAGUAAAUGUAUCGCCGAAGCCCAAGAGGACAACGUGUUUAAGAAAGGUGACAGUGAUGGUGUACAGGAUCUUUCGUAGGUCGGAUACGAUCCUUUUAAACAGAGAAAAGUGCACUGUGUGUACAUGACUUACAGUGGGGUGGCAGGGUGUGAACACUUGAAGUGUAACCGUCGUGUGUAUGGUGAUAUUUGGGCAUUUAGUUCCUAUGUAGCUGUGCAUUUAAACAAGAUAAAUAGCUAAGGCAUAGGCCUGAAUGUACAAGGCGGGAGCAUUGCAUUUAUAGCAUGGCGUCUCAGUUGUCUGCAGCAGUUUAUGCAGUGCAUUGUGCAGACAGCAUGCUCAUUUGGUCUUCAAGAACGAACAAAUAGAAAUUAUUGUGUAUAGCUCUAAUCUGAUGCUUUGGAGUUCUGCAAGCCCUUUAUGUUGCCAUAACCAGUUGCAUUUUCGCCGCACGUAAAGCAGCAGCAUGACAUAUUUUGCAGUAUUUUAUAGCAGUUUGAUCUGUAGCACUUUUAGUGCAUCGCUGUUACUUGUCGGCACUGUGCCAUGUUUUUACUUCACUAGUAGUGAAGAUCACUGCACACACACACAUACACAGUCAGGCAUAAACAAUAGAUACACAGCAAAAAAAGAAAACUGUGGAUACUGUGUCUACAUAUUGUUACUUUGCUGCUUCACUGCAGUAUCAUGUAAUUCAUACAGAGUGUGACCUCCAAGAGGUGCUUUCCCCCUUCCCUACACCUAGUAAUAAAUUAUUUGAACACUUUA